UUCCUUUACAAUCCCUCCCUGACCGGCAGGUGACGCGAACAUCCUCAGCACCACCACCUGUCUUCGUGUUCCCAGGGCAAACAGUUUUGGGGUGGAAAAAGAGAAAUUGUGUAGAGCGACAUUGACUGUACGCAUUUCUGGUGAAACCGAUCUUCAUUCCAUUUGGCCAUGGUGAAGAAGAGGGUGCCAGACUGGCUCAACAGUUCUCUCUGGUCCGCUUCUCCCUCUGCCACCGAAGAUGACCGCCUCCAGCGCUACGAUUCCAAGCCCUCCACCCCUACGCCUCCUUCUCCGGUCGCUCCGCCGGUCCCCGAGCCCCCUCCUGCCGUCGUCCAAGAAGAGCCCCCAAAACCGGAGCCCAAGGAAUCCGUAAACAAUGUCCAUGACGCAUCCUCCGACGACUCAGCCGAGGACAUUUCUCGCCAGGCUCAGCUCUUGGCGGAGUUAUCAAAGAAGGUGAUAAAUGUGCGGGAACUGCGGAGGCUUGCGUCGCAGGGUAUUCCUGAUGGCGCUGGGAUUCGUUCUACGGUGUGGAAGCUCUUGCUGGGGUAUUUACCGACUGAUCGUGGACAUUGGUCUUCAGAAUUGGCUAAAAAGAGGUCCCAAUACAAGCAUUUCAAAGAAGAGCUUUUGAUGAAUCCUUCAGAAAUCACAAGGAGGUUGGGUAAAUCUACAAGUCCUGACGAUGAACCUAAAUCUGAAGGCAGUGGCAUGCUCUCAAGAUCAGAAAUCACUCAUGGAGAGCAUCCUUUGAGCCUUGGAAAGACCAGCAUCUGGAAUCAGUUCUUCCAGGACACAGAGAUCAUAGAGCAAAUUGACCGAGAUGUCAAGCGCACUCAUCCAGACAUGAACUUCUUCUCUGGGGACACGCCAUCUGCAAAAGCAAAUCAGGAGGCUUUGAGGAACAUAUUGAUUGUGUUUGCAAAGUUGAAUCCGGGUAUAAGAUAUGUGCAAGGGAUGAAUGAAAUUUUGGCGCCUCUAUUCUAUGUAUUCAAAAAUGACCCUGAUGAGGAAAAUGCGGCUUCUGCAGAAGCGGACACAUUUUUUUGUUUUGUCGAGUUAUUAAGCGGAUUCAGGGAUCAUUUCUGUCAGCAACUCGAUAACAGUGUUGUUGGUAUCCGAUCCACAAUUACAAGGUUGUCGCAACUCUUGAAAGAACAUGAUGGAGAGCUCUGGCGUCAUCUUGAGAUUACAACCAAAGUCAAUCCCCAAUUUUAUGCAUUUAGAUGGAUAACUCUCCUCUUGACUCAAGAGUUCAAUUUUGCGGACAGCCUUCACAUUUGGGACACACUUCUAAGUGAUCCUGAAGGUCCUCAGGAGACACUGCUUCGGAUAUGUUGUGCAAUGCUGAUUCUUGUCCGGAGGCGACUGUUGGCAGGUGAUUUCACUUCGAAUCUCAAGCUGCUCCAAAACUACCCUUCAACAAACAUCAGCCACCUGCUUUAUGUUGCUAACAAGUUGCGUGCUCAAUCCACUGGCUAAUCUAGUUAAACCAUUUUUAUUUUUAUUUUUGUCAUUUGUGUUAUUUCCAUUAUUUUUGUGAUUCCAAAUUUAUUAUUUGUAAAAUGUAUUGGAUGUAAAUGUUGGUUGAAAGUAGCAGCUAACAUGAGAAGACAAGAAGUCUGAUGCAACAAAGUUUAAUUGGAUUUUAAAUUAAGAUAAUAGAGUUGUGUAAUCAGGCUUAAGAGACCUAUUCUUUGAUUGGUAUAGUGUACUGGAUACUCUGUUAUAAUUGGGGUUUGGGUUUCCACUA